AGAUCACAGUCUGUAGUGUUCAACGCGCAUGCUCCCAGUGCGUCCCGUCCCCAAGCUUGCUGCAGGAGCAAAACUUUGCAGUCUAAGGAAUCAGACCCAAGACGUUGCUUUGCUAGGUGGUCGGUCCAUAGGCCAUAAUUUCACAGCCUGGGGAAAAUGAAAAUUGCAGCUAUCUGGGAUGUUAUUUUAAGUGAUGGAGUCCACAAGAUUGAAUUUGAACAUGGGACCACAUCAGGCAAACGAGUUGUGUACGUGGAUGGAAAGGAAGUGAUAAGAAAAGAGUGGAUGUUCCCUUUAGUGGGCAAAGAAACCUUCUGUGUUGGAGCUGCAAAAAACAAAGCUAUCAUACGUAUACUUUCUGGCAAAGGUUGUGGUUUUAGUUACACUCUGGAAAUUGAUGGGAAAAGCUUCAGGAAAUUCGUGGAGAACAGAUCUAAAACUACCAACACCUGGGUAUUGCACUUGGAUGACAAAGACUUUAGAAUUGUUUUGGAAAAACCCACUAUGGAUGUAUGGUGUAAUGGUAAAAUAGUAGAGUCGGUGGGCGAGUUUGUAGAUGACGGGACUGAGACGCACUUCAGCGUUGGGAACCACGGCUGUUACAUAAAAGCCGUGAGCAGCGGGAAGAAGAGAGAAGGGAUUAUCCAUACCCUCAUUGUGGAUAACAGGGAAAUCCCAGAGCUCACUCAGUGACACCUUCUUACUGAGUUCUGAGCUGAGGAGGUGACCUCAGAACUUGCUGAUGACUGUGGCAAUUAAAUGUGCUCAAUGUGUGCUUAUCAAUA